AUGGGUCCCGCCGAGGGUCCAACGCUAGUCAACCCUCUCCACCCCUCCGUGGUUGACCUGGUCGACCCCGUCUACGCCGAGAUCUACACUCGGUAUCAAGGUAUCAUCAUCACUACCCUCGCUCGCACUGCCGCCGUCACUGCUACUGCCGCUACCGCUCCUGCACCCACCCCCCCGAGGCUUCGCGCAGACCAAGUCCCGUACGAGGUCUACAUCAAGGAUCCGCAGACGUACACCUUCCCGACGGCCGAGGUGGCCGCGCCGGCGCCCGAGGUCGCGAGCAACGCGCUGUACAAGGUCCCGGUCUCGGACCCGCCGGGCGAGAUCGCGGUGCAGGUGUACGUGCCGACGGCGGCGGCGGCGGCGGCCGGCGGGCUCGCGCGGGGCGCGGACGGGCGGCUCCCCGCGCUCGUCAACUUCCACGGCGGCGGCUUCGUCAUCGGCGGGCUCGACUCGGACGAGCCGCUGUGCCGCAAGCUGUGCCAGCGCGUCGGCUGCGUUGUGGUCAACGUCGACUACCGGCUCGCGCCCGCGUUCGCGCACCCGGUCGCGGCCGAGGACGCGUGGGCGGCGCUGCGCUGGACGCUCGACCGCGCGACCGCGCUCGGCGUCGACCCGGCCCGCGUCGGCGUCGCCGGCCUGUCCGCCGGCGGCUGCCUCGCCGCCGCGCUCGCCCUGCGCGCCCGCGACGACCCCGCCGUGCCCCCGCUCGCCGUCCAGCUGCUCAUCGUGCCCGUCGUCGACGCCCGCUUCGUGCCGCGCGAGGGCCCCUGCGACCCCGCCGCCACCCCCUACGCCAGCUACGUCCGGCUCGAGCACGCGCCGUCGCUGCCGCUGCACCGCCUGCGCUGGUUCUACAACCUGUGGCUCGGCACCGACGCCGGGCGCGAGGCCCGCGCCGCCGACCCCCGCGCGUCCCCCAUCGCCGCCGCCUCCCACGCCGGCCUCGCCCCCGCCGUCAUCCGCUGCGCCGGCGUCGACCCCCUCGUCGACGAGGGCACCGCCUACCACGCCAAGCUGCGCGCCGCCGGCACCCCGAGCCGCCUCAAGAUCUACCCCGGCCAGGGCCACCCCUUCGCCCAGUGGGACGGCGCGAACCCGGCCGCGCGCGAGUUCCUCGACGACUGCGUCCGCGAGCUCGCCGAGGCCUUCGCCAGGGAGGCCCCCCCCUCGCCGCCGUCGCCGCCGCCGUCGACGUCGUAGCUGGGUUGGGAGGGCAGGGGACAGCAACGGACGGGCUGCGAGGGACCGAGCCAAUGGUGACGGGAUGCGGAAACCCCCCUUUGUACUACCUACCUUCUCCCCUCGACGAGAGGGAGGGGGGAGAGGGAGGGCUUGCGUAGUGCUGACUGGCGUAUGCGGUGGACGGUAGAUCCCGACUAAGAUUGGCUCAAUGGGAGCCACGAUAAACAGAGUGUGCCUGUCAAAGUAGCAUAGAUUAACCACUCGCUGAUGAGCUAAUAACCAUUAAAUGCGAGGGGCGGCGCGAUUUGGGCGCAGUAGGCUCUCCGUCCAGAGGGCGUCUAUUCAUCUUGAUAUUUCUACCUAGUAUUGCUCUAAUCACACCGAGUUCCUGGCUCAUGAUUACGACAACGACUCUGUGGCUAGGAGAUUAUGGCUACGUGGAAUACCUGCUUAUGUAGAAUACCCUAAUACCCGACGGCGUCCUCAUCUUAGACUUGGUUGGCAUGUUGUCAGUGGUAAGAGUUCUGUAAAGGUAGACAAAGGAUGGAUCGAUACACCCCAGCACCUGCUCGCUCUCUCCUUAUGAUGCGUUGCUGAGGUAGAUAGGCUACGCUUUGUGUUGAUGGCUAUUCUAC